CCCUCUUUCCCAGCGAAUACCGCAUUCACAGUCGCCAUGGAAUCUCUUACGCAGUCGGAGCAGCGCGAGCUGCAGAACCGCAUGGAGAAGAAGCAGAUGAAGGAGUUCAUGAACAUGUAUUCCAACCUCGUCCAGCGGUGUUUCGACGACUGCAUCAACGGCUUCGAGAGCAAGUCGCUUACCUCGCGAGAAGAAGGCUGCAUCAUGCGAUGCGUCGACAAGCACAUGAAGGGCUCGCAGCGCUUGGGCGACAGGUUCCAGGAGCAGAAUGCAGCGAUGGCACAAUCCGGCGGCGCUCUGGGACGGUAAACCACCUGGUCGACCGUCUUCCCUUUGCACAUAUUUCCGGUAACGGCUCGUAUAGCCGCGGCGUCCUAAAAGCUACGGGACGAUAGCCUAGCCGGGAGGCCUUGGGUGGUGGUAGCGGACGCUGAUGCUGUCGGCAUAUUUUGGACGCGCAAUCCAUUGUACGAGUAAAUUGGGUCUGGGUUCGGAAUACAGGGCGCAUGGAAGCUCCUCAUAUCGAAUGUUACUUCACUCAUCAGCGAUGUCCCCCUGCUCUGACCUAUCGUCAACUUCCUAAGCCAUAGUCUACACAGUAAAUCUCUGACCGUCAUCAGAUACACGGGGCCAAGCAGUGUAAAGCGACCGUCUUUCCCUCCCAACAAAUUUCACGGUUUUGACUUCUCGAGACGAACAACAGUGAUGGACCACGGGACUUGUACAUAGUCGUGACAAUAGGAG